GGCUUGAAUGCCGGGGUGAGAGGAGGAGAGACCUAGUGGGGGUACGUCUGAAGCGCUCCCCCUCCCUUGCCUCGGUCCCUUUAAGCUCCCCCCCUCCCUGCUGUCCCUCCGCCCCCCGCUGCUGUCUUCAUCUCUCCAUCUCUGCGCUGCUGCCGGCUGCGCAAUCCGCGCACCCAGACUCCGGGGCCAGCCGGGGACCCCGACUCCGGCUGCAGGGACCCUGUUCCAGCGAGACCGCAGGCAUGUCAUCCGAAAAGUCAGGCCUUCCUGACUCAGUCCCUCACACCUCUCCACCACCCUACAAUGCCCCCCAGCCCCCGGCCGAACCCCCUGCCCCGCCCCCACAGGCAGCCCCCUCCUCGCACCAUCACCACCACCACCACUACCACCAGUCCGGCACCGCUACCCUCCCGCGCUUAGGCGCAGGCGGCCUGGCUUCUUCCGCGGCCACCGCUCAGCGCGGUCCCUCAUCCUCGGCCACACUGCCGCGGCCCCCGCACCAUGCCCCGCCUGGCCCGGCCGCCGGGGCGCCCCCGCCCGGCUGCGCUACCUUGCCCCGCAUGCCACCCGACCCUUACCUGCAGGAGACUCGCUUCGAAGGCCCACUGCCCCCGCCGCCGCCUGCCGCCGCAGCCCCGCCGCCGCCGGCGCCCUCUCAUACUGCCCAGGCCCCAGGAUUCGUGGUGCCCACGCAUACGGGGGCGGUAGGCACGCUACCACUGGGGGGCUACGUAGCCCCCGGCUACCCCUUACAGCUGCAGCCUUGCACUGCCUACGUGCCGGUCUACCCGGUGGGCACGCCCUAUGCAGGCGGGACCCCAGGGGGAACGGGAGUAACCUCCACGCUCCCCCCGCCGCCCCAAGGCCCAGGGCUGGCCCUGCUGGAGCCAAGGCGCCCGCCGCACGACUACAUGCCCAUCGCGGUGCUGACCACCAUCUGCUGCUUCUGGCCUACGGGCAUCAUCGCCAUCUUCAAGGCAGUGCAGGUGCGCACAGCCUUGGCCCGUGGAGACAUGGUGUCGGCCGAAAUCGCUUCACGUGAGGCCCGGAACUUCUCCUUCAUCUCCCUGGCAGUGGGCAUCGCAGCCAUGGUGCUCUGUACCAUCCUCACCGUAGUCAUCAUCAUUGCCGCUCAGCACCACGAGAACUACUGGGAUCCGUAAGGACCCCCCUGGCCCGGCCCCACCCUGCGCCCCUUGACCUCCCAAGUGCAUUCUGCAAUCACGCCCUGGAUCCAAUGGGCGCCUUGCACACCCGCAUCUGGGGCCACCGAACUUCGAUAAAUCCUACACUCGGCCUCCAUGGAACCUCUCGCCUUGCGAGCACGAUCCGAAUCCAGUUCCUCAGGAACGCCGAAAAAGUCCGCACCCCCAGGGACGCCGCUUCCCGGGAUCCCUGCCAAACGCCAGGCCCUCAGUCGCUCCAGGCCCCCACCCUCUCUAAAUGCAGCACCCCCAGUCGAGCUCCGUGGGUCUCUGCUCCCCAGCCUGGAGACUGGUCCCUAAAGCCACACCUCCUCUGUAGGCUCCGCCCCGGCUCUGACAAAACCCCGCCUCCAGGUCGGCAGGCUCCGCCUUCUUUUCUUCCCCGCGGGGUGAUUCAGUCCGGUGAUUGGGUUUGUGGCGCCAAGCCUCGCCCCGAGGCCGACAGAUUUCUCCCCUUCCCCCGGCGCGGGGGCCGAGCCCCAGGGUAGCCACGCCCCCGCGCUCACUCCCGUUUUUGCUAGUACAGUUUCGUCUGUCCUCCCCCAGGGUCUCCGCCUAUUUUCUCGCUAAUCCCAGAACCUCUAUCUACUUUUGUGCUUUUUGGAAUGAGAUUUGGAAGGUUCCCAGUUUAGUACCCUUCACCGUGGGAUGAAGAUUACGUUCCCGUUCUCUGUAAAUAUUCCCACCUAUCCCAAUCCCUGGGCAGCCGGGCAGAAGGGAACCCAGGGUACAGACCUCCCAAUGUCGGGAGGGAGCCGGCCCGCUCCCCACGCCCUUUGGCAGUCCCCACCUUGUUCUGAUCUGUGUGUGAGUGUGUGUGAAUUUCUGAAAGACAAUAUUAAAGAGACUACGUGGAUUUAUCA